UAUGAACUCUGCUUCUGUAGUUGAAACUGGAAAUAUCGGGUAUGAGAUGAGGUGUGUGCUAUAUAACAUAGGUGCAGCUCAUAGCCGCCUAGCUGCAGCACAGGACAGGUCACCACCAUUAGUACCAUCCAAUAAGCCAACAACAGUUGAUGAGGAAAUUCCAUCAAACAAUGCUCUUAAGAUAGCUUGUACACAUUUGCAGUGUGCUGCAUGGGCUUUUCAGCAAUUGCUUGGUGGAGAUGGAUCUUAUAAUGAACCAAUUAAGUGGAAUCAUCGACAGAAGCCACAAGUUACAAGUCGUAUAGUUCUUGAAUUUGCUUAUAAUGUGACACUAGCACAAGCCCAAGAGUGUAUACUGGAGAAAAGCAUGAUGGAUGGCCGAAAACCUCUUAUAAUAGCUAAAGUAUCAGCUAUGAUAUGUGAGUAUUUUGCGGAAGCAGUGGGUGCAGUUCAAAGAAUGGAACAAGAGCCAUAUCGUGUUAGCACCAACAGGCUUAGGAAAUGGAAACUAUACUCCGAAUUCAAAUGCCGAUAUUAUGGUGCUGUUACUGCCCUAUUCCAGGGCCAACAUGUCCAAGACCAAUUACAGCAAAUGGGAACUCGUGUGUCAUAUUACCGACGAGCAGUAAAUCUGCUUGGCCGAGCUGGUUUGAUAUCAGAAAGUGGUGGUAAGACAGCUGCUUCGACGUCAAAAGAUGAAGAUUCAGCAGAUGAUGACUACUACUAUUACUCAGAAUCAGAGCAUGGACGCCCAGGCAAUGGUCGAUCCGCCGCUAUUAAAGAAUUGGAAAUCCGGAGAGAUACUUUGUCGUUUGCAAUGGAUGUGGCUGCAGCAAAGUGGCGAGCAGCUAAGUCAGAAAAUGAGCUUAUCUAUCAUGAACCUGUAGUGCCUGUGCUGUCUGAUGACGACGAUAGCGAUUGCUUAGGAAAUACUCCAUCUAAAACUGCUACUCAUCGUCUUCAGUUAGAUAGAGUCAAGGGUGCAUCUCUAGUCAAGCCUAUAGCAUUUAGUGUUGAUGAUCCUGAGUUAUUAGCUAUUGUUUUUGUCACCAAUAAUAAUGAAUCGUCUAGUGGUUUUACUACUACUACAUUAUUCAAGGAUCUAGUGCCUACAGUUACUCGUCAUCGAGCUGCAAUAUAUCGAACAGAAAAGCGCAACCUUGAAGCAGAUAUGCAAUCAUUGUGCAAGGAAGCAGAUGACCGUUUAAAUGAAUUUUCUGACACAUUACAUUUAGAAUGCUUAGAAAUGUAUAAAGGCAAAAACAGCGAACUUAGCAAUGAUGGCAAUGAGAAGAGUGAUGUAACAGAACUCCCACAACAAUUGGUUAAUUGUUGCGCUGCAUACCAAGCCUUGUUGCAACAACGACAAGAAAAAGAGGGAAUAAUAUCUGGUGCUAUUGAAGAAGACCAAUUGGACAUUGACAUGGCUCGACUGGCAGCUGCGGUUCAAGCUGUAGAUGGCAUGCUGGAUGAAAUAGACAGAUUCCUUAAGACAGAAGAACUCGGUGACUCAGAAUAUCGACGUACUGUAGGUCGUCCAUAUGAUUAUUCUGCUGGUAGAAUGCGGGAAUUACGGCGAGAGGCUUCCCGUUAUAGGGAAGCACAUGUGGGCCGUGCGCGAGACAGCUGGGUGACUCUUAGUCGAGCUGUUCGCGAUCGUCGUCGCCGGGACCUGGAGCUACUAGCAUUACCGCCUGCUGAACUAGCUGCACGUUUACCGCCAGCUUGUCCUACAAUAUCUGUGAUUGCAUCUGAAGUAGCCGCCUCUGGUUCUGUAGAGUCAUCUUAUGAUGCAGCUGAAUCAUCGGAUCAAAAUGAAGACUCUGAAUCAGAUAAUGGAAGUGACAGUCGAUUGCGAAUGUUGCAACGAGAAUCAAUAAAACGUUUGGAUCGGCUUAAUAUGGUAGUUGGCAAAAUGAAAGAAGUACGUGAGCAGCGACAGACACUUUUGGCCCGACUUCGAGACGAAAUGAACCGAGAAGAUAAGGACGCUGCAGGACAGGAAGAUGCAAACAUACUAGGAGAACUGCGAGGUUCUGAUGUUGAUGUGGCAGGAGCAGUGAAAAAGAGGUUGGAGGAUCGGUAUGGAAAGCUGGUGAGCAUGAUUGAUCAGAACCUGUCAGCCCAACUAAAUAUUUUGGAUGCUGUGAGGUCGGCAUAUGCACGAGCCGCACCUGAACGACGAGCAUUUGCCAAUGCCAUGCAACGACGCCGUACUCUAGUGUCCUCUUUAUUAGACGCAUAUGAAAGUUAUGUAGUUUCUAAUGGAGGGACACCAUUAGAAACUUGUGGUGAAACUAUGGCAGCAUCACCGAACUGUGGACUACUCCCAGAUGCGGUUCUAGCCGAACGGUGUGCAAAAGGUUUGGAUUUCUACCAACGGUUACUAACUAAUGUAUCAAAACUAUUACAACGUGUAAAAGGCACGUGUCAGGUUCAAACCGAACAACGAGAUCAGAUGAUAAAACAACAUCAAAAGUGGGAAGCCACUUCACAACAAAUGGACGAUGACUCAACCACUACAAUUGGUGGUCUUGAUGAUUUACUCGCUGCUGUCUCAGGUAUUGAUGACCAAGAUCACCAACAGGAUGACUUGGCUGCCUUGAUUAAAAGCUUCGGCAGUAGUGGGCCUAAUAAGCCAGUUGUACCUCUUGGGAGCAGUCAUUGGGACGACCAGCAUCACCAUCUUCGUAGGCUUUCACCUCUUGGAUCUGAACAGCAACAACAGCAAAAACAAUAUUAUCAUCAGUACCGUCAUAAUCAAAUACAACUACCGCCAUCGUCUUCAUUUAAUCCCAAUGAUGGUGGCAUUCAUUACUAUGCUGGUAAUUUACCUUCUACAAACGAAACUCGCAAUCCCCACAAUAGUCUACAACAGCCAGCAUCAACAAUAUCAACACAUUAUUCGUAUCCAGCUGCUUACAAUGUCACUGUAAGUUCAACAGCACUGACGGCUCCAGAUAAUUCUUCUACUUCAUCACUUCCAUCCUCUUUGAUAUCGUCAUCGUCUAUGCCAUAUAACUAUUACAAUUAUGAAUUACUCACAACUAAAGCAGCAGUAAAUCCUGCACUUCCAUCACCAUCAUACAACAAUAUUAUAACUACUGCAACUACUAGUGGUGAUAUUGAUUUGUCCGUGAUGCCUAUGAUGAAUACUCUCAACUUGAGUGAUAACAAUAGCAGUAGCCAAAACGUAAUUUCUUCUUAUAGUCAAAGUAGUGGUAGUGAUGUUUUCCCAAAUGCAGCAGCAGCAGUUGCAGUUUUGCAACGGCCUCUACCAUCACAAUAUAGUAGUAUUGGUUAUGGUGCUGCUAGUGGUUAUGGUUAUCACCAUCCUCAUACAUUAUUAGCAUCACAACAGCAACAAUUUUAUCCGCCACAAAAGUACCAGCAACAAAAUUUAAUAGCGGCCACCAACGCUGGUGUGACAAGUGUUGGAACAACAUCAGUGUUUGUACAACAAAAUCAACAGCAAUUAAUAAGGGAAAGCAGUAGUUUAUCUGCUAGCAUACAGUCACCAUUGCCAUUUUCUUCACCUCCAACUUCGACAACUACUGUUAGCAGUUGUAGUUUAACAUCAGUAGCGCAACCAUCUUCCAUUACUAGUGGUGGCACAUCAACUGUAACUAAUUUCUAUCAUCAAUUGCCAUUACAAUUGCAGCAACAACAACAGCAGCAACAACAACAGCAGCAACAACAACAGCAACAACAACAACAACAGCAGCAACAACAACAGCAGCAGCAACAACAACAACUUCAAAUGUAUCAACAAAAACCUCAGCAACAGAUAUCACAGCAACCACAUUUGUACCAACAGCAACUGCAGCCUCAAUUGUAUCCGCAGCAGCAGCCUCAAUUGUAUCAACAACAAACACCUCAGAUGUAUCAACAGUUACAGCAACGACAACUACAGCCUCAUCAAUUACCGACUUCAGUAGGAAGUACAACUGGAAAAUUUUACUAUCAAUCAUCUCUACAGCAACAGGCAUCCCAACUGUACCAACCACAACAUCAGCAACAACUUCAACUGCAACCAACAUCGAUUUUAACGACCUCGUCUGUAACUGGUAGUCUGCAGCAACAACCGGCAUUGUCAAACAACACUACUAGUAUCGGUAAUAAUUAUUAUCAACAACUCCAACAUCUUCCACCAACGACUGUGAUAUCAGCAAAUACAUUUAAUACGAUACCAACAACUCCUAACAAUUACAUUUAUCAGCAGCCACCAGUGGGGACAAUGGCCUUCAACCAACAUCAACAGCAGCCACAGUAUUAUCAACAACAGUUUCCUAUUGCAGGUAAUGGCAGUAGUGGUGGUGGUGGUGGUAGUUUGGUCACUAUGACAUCAACUGCCACUCCAAUCUUAAAUUUGUUGGAUGACGAUAUGGUAAUAUCAGGCCCACCACCAAUUCUACCAGAAAAAAUUGGUGCCAGUAGUGGCAGUGAUACCAUUACUACAUCAGCCUAAAACAAUAAAAAAUAACUUAGCUGUUUGAAAAAACAAUAGCAGUGUUUAUAAUUUUUAAAUUUUUAAUCUUAUU